CCCCCGGCCAUGGCACCCCGCGGGUCGCUGCUGCUGCUGGCGCUGCUGCUGCUGAGCUGCGCCCUGCCCCGCGCCCGCGGCCAGCACUGGUCCCACGGCUGGUACCCGGGGGGCAAGCGGGACCUGCGGACCCCCGCCAACCUCCAGGUCCCGUCCCCUCUCGGGCGCUGCCGUCCCCUCCCGUGUCCCCUCCGGCGGGAGGAGCCGCUGCCGCCGCCCGCUCUGCGCCCCUGA